GUGGGAUCAAAAUUUUGACAGCUAUCAGCUGAUCGAGCUAAACUUCGCAAUUACAACGUUUUAUUGAAUAUUUUGUUUAGAUCUUGGACAGCACUGAGAGGUUACUGAAAGGUGUGGACAGUUAGAAUAAUAUUACAGCACUGUCAUGCACAGUUUAAACAGUGGAUUGCACAGUCAACUGACAUGAGGAAAAGCAUAAAACUGAAUUUCAGGACAGACCCGGCAGACUCCAACUCAACAUGUAAACUCCAAGUAGAUUGGACAAAUGUUCAGGACAAAGUUAUUAAGAACCUGUGCAUUCUCAUCGUCAAUGACAACACCGGGGAAGCUGCAUUCUCAUUUCUUUCUCUCCACAAUGUGGAAGACGAAGUCAGUCUCCCAGAUAUACAAAUCAAUGUAUCAUCAGAACCAUUCACGGUGUACGUCUAUGGUCUGGAGAGAACCCUGAGGCGGGUGCCCUAUGUUUACAAGGCUUGUGCAAGUGGGAUGAAGAAACAACAUACACAGCAGGGCAGAGUAACAGCUGGAAGUUAGAUCUAGAAGCACACAGUGUUGGCCCUUUGAGUAUGACAGAGCACAAAGAUUUAGUUGGACAAGAGCUUUUCAGCGUGACACACAAAAGGAUUGAAGACAGUAUAAUGCUGAACAUGACAGAAAUGGAAUUUGCUGAAGAUGUCCUGGUGGUUCUCAAAGAACACGAAGAAUCCAAUGAAAUAUUCUGGCUCACUGCUCCAGAAUCCAUCAUCCUAGAGUCCAAUGGAACAGUCGAGCUCACUGCAGAAUCCAAGUCUUCUAUCGAUCUACCUUUUGACGUCCUGUCCCCCGGUACCACUACGGUUAAAGUGUACACACUGGAGAAAGUGUAUAGCAAGACGGGCUUGAUGAUUUACAACAAGAAGGCAUCAUCCAAGGAACAGAACCUAACCAUAACCGAAAAAGAAACUCGAAAAGAACCUACAAAACCAUCAGACCUGACCCUGCAAGAGACUGAAACUUUGAUGGGCAAAGCCUUAGAUUUCAUGUCUUCAGAAUCAUCUCCAAUAAAAUAUCUGUACCGGAACAAGUCACUUUACUACUAUACCAGCAUCCUCAAUGGUCAUGGCAUCAUGGAGACAUACCGCAAGGACUACAAUGGUGAUGAAAGAUCCUGCAUCAACGGCAACAUCAAUGGACUGUUCUUCAGCACGGCAGUCAUAUAUGGAACAAACGAGCCACUUCAUUUUUCGUACUAUGGCAAAAUACGACUUCUCAUUCCUCCUCAGAUGAUCAUAACUGAGGACACUAACAUGUAUUUCUCUGAUUUCUAUUGCCUCUAUGACCAUCACUAUGUUACUGUAGUUGUUACGAUAUCUGGCUCUCAUGCAGAUAACUUCUGCAAAGAUAGGUUACCCAAGCUGGAUGCACGGAACAAUAGGUUUAUCUGCACAGAUAAUUUUCUGUUAUUUUCCAUCACCAGUUCACUGACGGUGGAAAUCUUUUAUACAGAAGAUAUAGACAUUUCAUCAGGUGUUAAUUUCACUGAUGAUGUUGAAUUAAAGGGCAAUGGAAAGAGCACCAAAUUUGGUAUUCAAAAAAACAAAAACUGUACAUAUUGUAAUUUAUAGAGAUGCCAAAACUGAACAAGAAUUCUGCAGAAUUAAAUGUCUCACCUAUCAUAAACUAAUUCAUGGUGCUGACAGUUGCAUCUGUAGAUGUAUCUCAAUACAUGUUAAAAAUAAAUUCAAAUGCAUUGUGAUGAACAUCCAUAAGUGCAACUAUAACAGUAAACCAAGUUUCAUUGAUCUAGGAAUUACAGAUGAAUGUGAAAUGUGAAAUGUUAGUGUUAAUUUUGAAUUUUUUUUCAUGUUAAUGUUCAAACUAACAUUUGUUUUAGUUUAACGACCCCACUAGAGCACACUGAUAUAUAAAUCAUUGGCUAUUGGAUGUCAAACAUUUUGUAAUUUUUA